AUGAAGUGGUACGUCAAGGUCUGCACCAAAGCCAAGGAUGUCUGGGAAGAGGCGUACGGAGAACCGCCUCGAUCUGGGGAUGGCUUUGGCGUGUGCUCCAGGAAGACGCUCACCAAAUAUUAUUGGUUGGAGAAUGGUCACUGUACGCGGUGCCGUGAGCAAAUUCUUUGUUGGGAGUGGCAACAGGACCCGGCGCACCUGUAUGAUCCUUACAGAGGCCUGAGAAUCAAGCAGCGGACGAAAAGAAUGCAGAAGCUUCAGAAAAGGUUUCUCAAGGAUGUCUUGUGCAAGGACUUCACCUGGGACAGAUUCAAGGACGCAAGACGUCGCUUUCGGCACCAGUACGAGGAGCCCAAAUGGGCUGAAUGUAUUGUGUCAGAUGAUCCAAACAACCGAUAUUGGUGGACACAGUGGGUUUCCUUUACCUUGCCUCUUCCCAGACUCUAUCAGAGUCUGUCUAAGCUUUUUCUGAACCCUGUCACCGCGCCGUCUUGGGGCCUUUGGCCUCGCCGUUGGACAAGCUUUGAUACAGCACCAAUGCAUCACUCUAAGCAAGAUAGGGCGACAGUCAACCAGGGAAUAGUCCAUAUUGUCCCAUAA